GCGCAUCAUAAUUUGAGUAUGGGGCUUCAAAUCUUCCUAUUUCUCGCAACUCUAUUGUUCUUAUCCCAUGCACAGUCCGACGUCGUUGUGAGUUCAAUCCUUCAACUACGCCCCCCCUCCGGCACCGGCGGCCACCGCGUCGAUGGCGUGAACUGCAUGAGCUGGCGGCUGGCGGUGGAAACCAACAACCUCCAAGGCUGGAAGCUGGUGCCGAUGUCCUGCGAGACCUACGUCGGCAAUUACAUGCUCGGCAUGCAGUACCGCCUCGACUGCGAGGCCGUGGCCGACGCCGCCAUCGAGUACGCGAAGACCGUCAAACCCGCCGCCGACGGCAAGGACGUUUGGGUUUUUGAUAUUGACGAAACCACCCUCUCCAACCUCCCCUACUAUGCUCGCUCGGAUGUCCUUUUCGGGGCGAUAGCAUACAACUCCACGAGGUUCAAUGAGUGGGUGGCGGAGGGGAAAGCGCCGGCGGUGCCGGGAAUCCAACGGCUCUACCUGGCAGUCCAGUCUCUAGGGUUUGGGACCGUUUUCUUAUCAGGAACAGGGGAAAAAUUCACCGACAUAAGGACAAGCAAUUUACAAGAAAGUGGAUAUAACAACUGGAAAAAGCUCACACUUAAGGGAGAAGAUGAGCAUGGCAUGCCCGCUUUGCUGUACAAGUCCCAGAAGAGAACGGAGUUAGUGAAUGAAGGUUACAGAAUUGUGGGAAAUGUGGGAGAUCAAUGGAGUGAUCUCCUUGGUGCUAAUGUUGGAAAUCGCACAUUCAAAGUGCCUGACCCUAUGUACUACGUUGCUUGAUUAAUUAAUUACUGAAUUAUUUAAUCUCCGAUUAAGCCUUGUUUUAAAUUGGUUAUGUGUUGUUUGUAUUGUCUUGCUCACUUGCAGCAUCGUCUAUCAAUAAAUUCGGGGAAUUAAUUGCGUUCCA